GAAAGGAACAGAAAUGGUCAACAUACUGAUCAAAAAAUAUACGUUCGUGGUGUUCAAUAUAAUUUCUCUGAUACAUUAUUUUAUCCGAAUUAUAUUUGUUAUGCAAAAUCAUCUAAUCGUUCCUUUUCAAGGUUUUCGAUUUCGAUUGUGACUUUAAUUAGCUCCACGUUUGUGUUGAGCAAUGCACUUGUUCUUGAAUGUGAAUACCAACUAAAAGGUUAUUGGCGGACAAGCACCAUCAUUUAUCAUUGCGACAACGGAAGAAUAAUUUUUGUCGGUGAUCCAAAUAAUGUGACAGAAGUAACUUUGAAUCACGUUGGUGGCAGAAGAAAUGAAGACGUUGAAGCAUUAUUCAUGAAAGAACAUCAAAAUUUAACGUUCUUGCCUCGAAAUAUCAAUCACUUCUUUCCAAAUCUAAAAGCCAUCGCUGUUACAGAAAAUUUAAUUGAGAAGAUACAACAAUCAGACAUCAGCGUUUUUCCGAAAUUAAUACAAUUAGCUUUGUGGUCCAACAGAAUAUCGUCACUUGAUUUCAACCUUUUCCAGAAAAAUCCAAAGUUGCAAACAAUCACUUUCAGUUACAAUCCAUUGCAGCACAUAGGAUAUGACAUAUUCGAUCAUUUGACUGAACUUGAUACGAUUGAUUUUCGAGAUACUUGUCACAAUAUCAGAAUUGAUGGUAAUAGAACCAGAGUUCUCAAUGAGUUGCCUAAUUUUGCCCGAAAUUGUCCACCGACAAUCGAUAUGUUAGAAAAGCAAAUUAUUGGUGGAGAACAUUUUGAACAACAAAUCGCUGCGAAAAUAACUUCCUUGACUAAGGAUAACUUUCAGCUGCGUCAAGAAUUGGCUCAGUUGCGUCAAGAAUUAACUCAGUUAAAAAAUAAAGAACUGGAGAAUACAAACGAAUUGUAA